UCUCUCCCAUUUAUACGCCGCCCGCCGCCGCCGCUGCCCCUCGGCGCUGGAUCCCUCCCGGCCCGGAGCCGGCAGCAGCGCGCAGAGCGGAGCUGCAUGGCCGUGGCUGAAGGCGGCUGCUGCGCGGCGGAGCGGUGCGCUGCGUCCUCGUACCCCUUCGCCGCCCGGGCGCCUCCUUCGCCCUCCUCCACCUCCGGGACCCCCGCUCCGGAGCCCGGCGGCAGCUCCCGGCCCGCCCCGCCGCACCUCGGGGCCGCCCCCGCUCCCGGCCGGCCCGCCCGCCGGGAGGAGGACGUCCCGCCGCCGCUCUCGCUGCCUUCGGACUCGGAGCGGCCGCCGGCGAUGUACCAGACCUUGGCCAUUUCGGCCUCGCAGGGCCCCGCGCCCUACGACGGAUCUCCGGGCGGCUUCAUGCACUCCGCGCCCAGCUCGCCCGUCUACGUGCCCACCACCCGCGUGGGCUCCGUGCUGCCCACGCUGCCCUACCUGCAGGGUGGUGGCGCGGCCCAGCCCGGCCACGCUCCGGCCGGCCACGUCUGGUCGCAGCCGGCGACCGAGAGCCCCUCGUACGGCGCCGCGGGCGGCGCGCACCCCUCGGGCCGCUUUCCCUACUCGCCCAGCCCGCCCGUGGCCAACGGCGCCUCGCGGGAGCAGUACGGCGGCGGCCUGGCGGCGAGGGAGCAGUACGGAGCGCUGCCGCGGCCGCUCAACGGCUCCUACCCGGCGCCCUACGCCUCCUACGUGGGGCCGCAGCUCGGCCCCGCCUGGCCCGCGGCGCCCUUCGAGAACUCCGUGCUGCACUGCCUGCAGGGCCGCGCCGCGCCCAUCCCCGUGCGGGCUCCCAGCGCAGAGCUGCUGGAAGACCUCUCCGAAAGCCGCGAGUGCGUCAACUGCGGCUCCAUCCAGACCCCGCUGUGGAGGAGGGACGGCACCGGGAAUUACCUGUGCAACGCCUGCGGGCUCUACACCAAAAUGAACGGCCUCAGCCGGCCCCUCAUCAAGCCCCAGAAGAGAGUGCCCUCGUCGCGGCGACUCGGCCUGUCCUGUGCCAACUGCCACACCACCACCACCACCCUCUGGCGCCGGAACGCCGAGGGCGAGCCCGUCUGCAACGCCUGCGGCCUCUACAUGAAGCUUCACGGGGUUCCCCGACCGCUUGCUAUGAAAAAAGAAGGAAUUCAGACAAGGAAACGAAAACCUAAGAACAUAAAUAAGUCAAAGGCAUGCUCUGGUAACAGUACUACUGCAGUUCCUAUGACUCCAACAUCCACGUCUUCUACUAACUCAGAUGACUGUAGCAAAAAUGCCUCCCCAAGCACACAGCCGGCAGCCUCGGGGGCGAGCUCGUCAGUGAUGUCCGGCCCGGGAGAGAGCACCAGUCCCGAAAGCAGCAACCUUAAGUAUUCAGGUCAAGAUGGGCUGUACACAGGAGUCAGCCUGACCUCCACGGCCGAGGUGACGGCGUCCGUCAGACAGGAUCACUGGUGUGCCCUGGCUCUGGCGUGACCCGCUGCCAGCCAAGCUGGAUCCCGGCACAGUGCAGCAGCCCCCAGACGUCCGUGCGGGGUUUCUUCUGCGGAGCGGUGGCAGCGAGAGUGCUGGCUAGGGACGCUCCUCUGAAAUUGUUUCCGUGCCUUGGUGGCAGAGGUGGCUUUCAGUUCCCCUAAGAGGCUCUGCUGAAGCAUCCUCAUCCUCAUCUAUGCAAGAAAACUGUAGGGAAAGCAAGUGCCCAGUGGGGAAUAGCUAAUGCAGCCAUACACACUCAAAAAAAAAAAAAAAAAAAAAAAAAAAAAGUAAAAAAUAUAAAAAGGAAAAAGGGAAAAAAAAAAAAAAAAAAGAAAAAAAAAGAAGAGAGAAACCUAGACCUAUUGAUAGAUUCCAGAAACACAUCUUCACUCACCCAGCAGUGCUGCCUUUCUGAUUGUAUAUUUGUUUUCACUCUCUCAUCACCUUCUCCUCCCAGGAAUUUGACGGACGCCGUCAGCGUUGGGGAGGCUUGAAUUAUUAGAGAUAACCAGAUACUUUCUGAAGUGUUGGUAGUGUGUACUGCUGGAGUCAGCGUGGGCGCUCAGAGCCGGACAUUUGACCUCUUCACCCGUCCUGUGCCCGCCUCGCUCUGCUCCCUUGUGCCAGAGCCCAGCGAUGCCCGGGGGAGAAAAUCACAGCCUUUGGUACAAACCUCACGGGGUCGAGCUGGUGAAGGACGUUUUGUUGUUGUUUAAGAUAUUUACUCACCUUGCAAGACUGCGCUAGAACUUUUGAAGUACACUGUGACUGAGGUUUAUGAAAGUUCAUAUUUUGUGGCUGAACUGUAUAGAGUCAGUCGAAAUUUGUAAACAGGGUAGCAAUCAGAUAUUUUUUCUUCCAUAUAUACAAUAAUUUUUUUUAAAAGAAGUGCAAUUUGCGUUGCAGCAAUCAGUGUUAAAUCAUUUGCAUAAGAUUUAACAACGGUUUUUAUACGAAUGAAUGAAUGUAAACAUUUUAACUUAAUGGUACGUAAAUAAUUUAAAAGAAAAAACUUAACUAGGCAUCCUUAGGCUUUUUAGUGCAACAAAACUCAUCCACUUUCUGUAUUUCCAGUUGCUAAAGCAGGAGUUUCAAAGAACAAGCCUUCUCUCAGGAAAAUUGCCCUAGCUGUUUGCUCCUAAGUUUUGUACAAAAAAGCAAAUGCAUCCCCAGGUUGGUUAUUUUUUUGCCAUUUGAAGAAGCCUGUACUGGAAAGAAACAAAUUGCAAUGAAACUUUACUACCUAACCGAUACAUAUGUAAAUACUCCAUAAGAUAUUUAGGCAUCUUUGAAGUUUAGGAUGCGAUCUGUAUAGUGUGACUGACACAUCGUUAGGUUGGUUUCCAUUGUUUUUUAAAUGGGAUGGCAUUUGGAAAGUUGUUUCAUCAGAGCUCUACAAAUAAAAGGGUAUCAUUUUUUUUCUGUACACCAUGCCUUCUCCUUUGUUUCAGCCACAGCAGUUAAUCUGUAUUAAAAGCUAUGGAUGCAGGCAGCAUGUCAGAUGGCUUCAAUGAUGUUCUUAAGUCAAAAUGUCCGCUCUGCCUAGCUGAGUCUGUGCCAUGAGUGGCAUUUUUAGAGCUCCCCUCUGUAUGCCUCCUAGAGGUAUGUACAACUGGGGUCGUGCACCUCCCAGCAUGAGCAUCUCUUGUGCACACAUGUUGUAUUUCUGCUUAAAUGCCUUGGGAGGACCAUAACGGUUUUGCUCGGCCUUCACACAGUAGCUAAUGUGUGGAAGGCAGGUCUCUUGUGUAUGUAAAAAUCAGCAAAUGGGCUGUCAGAGCCCUUGCCUGUCUGCUGGCAUCCUCUGGUGGCGAAGUCUGAAGGGCAACCACAGCUGAAGGCACUGAAAAAGGGAAGAUGUUGAUUUAGAGCUGCUGAGGGAAAUAGAAAGCUUCUGGCUGGCUUUGAGGACCAGUCCUCUGCAGUGCUUCGCUGUUGGGAGCAAGACUUCAUACUUUGUGUGUUUUCCAGCUAUGCUGGCUGUGCUGCUGGAUAGGGAUGUCGACUGCCUUUACCCUAUGGGUGGCUGCAGUGCAUCUCUUCACCUUCCUCAGAAUGAGAUCCAUUUGGGGUGAAGUGGGACAGCUCUUCUCCUUGCAGUGAAUCUAUGCUGCUGUGCACCGGCUGAGACCCUGCCUGCUUGCUUUUCAGCCUGUAAAACCCAAAGGGCUGAGGGCUCUGUAAUCCCAGGGCUGACGUGAGGACCAAGGGAUGGACACAGUGGCACAGGCCUCAGAGAGCAGCUUCUAGCAAACAGCCUCUCCUGGGGUUUGGUCUGUACCAGACCUGCUCAGCAGACACAAGGAGACUGUCAUGGUGCUGGACCACUUCAGUUCAUUGCGCCCUGUGGGUUAAUGUUGUGGUGCAGUCCAGCCCUGCUGACCUGGGGACCACAUGGGCUGGGAUCUCCUAACUUAAUAGAUGUUUAGCCCCAUCCAACUGGAAAGUGGGCCAUGCAAGGGAACACUGGGUUUAAAAAGCAGAGGGUGUGCGAAAGAGGAUGAAUCUCUUUCCUUUUGAAGCAUUUGUUGGCUGAAAGGCCCUUUUCUGUGGUUUUCCAGUGCUGACACUUAAAUGGAUGAAAAGCUGUCACUAAUAGGUGUUGAGCAGCCUUCAGCCUUAGCUGGAGUCUUGCUGGGCAGGAGGAGAGGGCCUUGUGGGUCAGAGCUACGUUCCUUGGGGUUAUCAUAAAACAGGGAGCUCAGACCAGCACAUCCUAAUUUGGAGCUGCUGACCCAGCAGUAAACUCAGCUGGCUGCUGAAACUCUUGCCAGCAGCCUAUGGAUGUCACGUUGCUUUGAAACCCUGUGCCCUGUGGCAUCAUUUAAGAGGGCUCCCAGGAAGCUCUUCUGCCUUCUCAGUACCACCUUUACCCAAGGUGUGACUUAGGAUGGUUCUCACAGAUAGGAAGUCUUGCAAGGCACAAAAAAAAUGUGAAGAGUUAUCUCGGAUCUGAGUCUGAAAACAUUCUUUUAGGUGAUAUAAGGAGUGGGGGGAUGGAGGGGAGAGGGGAAAGGGAAAAACAAAACCAAAAAACCAAAACAACCUUUCAUAGGGAAGGUGUUUCCUGUUUUUAUCAGCAAGAGUAUCAAGAAUUAAAUACUCUGCCUCCUUGGACAAGAGGCAGUUUUUUGUCCCUCUGCAAUAGAUAAGAGGGAUGCAGUACCGCGUUGCCUUAUUCUAUAGAUGCUGAGGAGCUCAAAGCCAGGUUCUGUUAUGAUUUUACAUAGAAAAAAUCUAAGAAUUCUAUCAGAGCUCUACAAGAGUACCUUCCUACUCACCAAAGCCAAUCUCCAAAUGUACAUAUUGCUGAAGCUGCUUGA